GCUGUGCACGCCUUCGCCUCGCUGUCGUUUUGCGUUUUUUGGCACGGGUUGCAGCGUUGCGGCUUGGGCUUCUGACACGUCUCUUUCGCACACCAUGUCUUCCAAGUGGAGAAAAUGUAGAGUCGUAAGAAAGGAAUACGACAAUAUACUGAAUGAACUAGGACUCGCGCGGCCUGUUGCUGGGCCUUCAUCGGUUUCCCUGUCCAACGACAGAGCUGCAAGCACCACCUUUACGGACAGUGCUCGCGUAGCGCCACUUUCGCCUCCGAAGCUGGGAAGCAGCAGGCAAUCGGGAAAUUCAAUUUCGACGGACGACGGGACGGACGACGGGGGUGAGCCUCCACUCAAACUGUUGAAAGAGCAGUCGGGAAGCGAAGCCUUAGUCAACAGCGUCUGCGGACAAGGUGCACAUUUUGUUGAAGAAUUCCAAUCAGAAAUUGUGGAUAUGUCUUCGUCUUCACGUGAGCACAGCGACUCUGAUAGUAGCUCAAGUGACAAUCAAAUCUCAAGCAAAUCUUCGGAUGAGUCUGAUGACUUUGUUGCUUCAGACAGCUGCACGGGCCCAGAUGAGGGAACAGCGCUCACUUGUAGCGCAGCGCUGUCUCGUGUAUCUCCUGAACAAAUGACAGCAAGUGAAGAGUUUGCUGUCAUUGCUUCCAAACAUAAUAUGACUCAUGCAUGCAUUAACGAUGUCCUCGAUUUCUGCCGUCGAAGAGGCUUCUCUGACCUUCCAAAGGAUGCUAGGACAGUUUUGAGAACUGAGCGCAAAGCUCAGGUGGAGCAAAAUGGGUCUUUUGUGCACUUUGGCCUUGCAGCAGGAAUUCGUCAAGUGUUGCUGCCGGGGCAAGUAGUUCCAAGUGAACUGAAGCUACAGGGCAACAUCGAUGGAGUCCCUCUUUACAGAAGUAGCCAGCUUGCCUUUUGGCCCAUUUUGUGCCGCAUUACAAAUGUGGAGGCAUCACCACCAUUUGUUGUAAGUGUGUAUUGUGGUGCAGGGAAGCCACCAUCUCUGCAGUAUUAUCUAGAGCCAUUUGUGCGAGAGGUCUCGGAGCUUGCGUCUGAAGGGUUAAGCAUAGGAGAUGUUCGAGUACAGGUGAGCAUUGAAGCCAUGGUGUGCGAUGCUCCAGCAAGGAGCUACGUGAAAUGUAUUGUUGGCCACACUGGCUAUUAUGCGUGUGAGCGAUGCAACCAAAAAGGGCGGCACAUUGAAAACAGGGUCACAUUUCCCAAACUGCACGCACCAACACGAACGAAUGCAUCAUUUCGAUCUCAAGAGAACAAGCGCCACCAUUCUGGUUUUUCACCAUUCCUAUCGCUUGAUGUUGACAUGAUUUCAUUUUUCCCAUCUGAAUACAUGCACCUCGUUUGCCUGGGAGUCAUGCGACGACUCUUAAAGAAUUGGGUAUGCCAAGGCCACAGUAAUAGAUUGAGCAGACUGCAUCGUUGCCAACUAAAUGAAAGCCUGCGAGAGGCAUCCAAAGCAUUUCCAACAUAUUUCCAGCGAAAGCCAAGGGGUACAGAAGAACUUGAUCGUUGGAAGGCAACAGAGUUUCGGACAUUCCUCCUUUAUGUGGGGCCUGUUGUCCUAAAGCCUCUUCUGCCUCCAUCACACUACAAACAUUUUCUAAUGUUUCAUGUAGCUAUCAGAAUUUUAGCAUCACCUCAGUACUACUGUGAAUACAAUGAUUUUGCCAAAGAUGUGCUGAGGUACUUUGUUCAAGAGUUUAGUGAACUAUACGGAAGAAACCAGCUUGUGUACAAUGUGCACUCACUAAUUCAUCUUGCUGACCAGUGCCGGCACCAUGGCCCAUUGGAUCAGUUUAGUGCAUUCCCUUUUGAAAGCUACCUUGGACGAAUGAAGAAGUUGCUACGAUCCUCCAACAAGCCACUUUCACAGCUAAGUAGGAGAAUCUCUGAACUGAGGCACUCGACCAAGAACCAAGUCGAGCAGAAACUGCAACAUGUGAAGCCUGGAGACUGCUUCCUGAUUGACAGUGCUCCUGUGGUUGUUCUGGAAAUAAUGGGAGACCACUUCAAGGGAGGGAUUUUACCAAAUGCCAGGGACUUUUUCAAACUUCCACUCAAGUCGUCUCAGUUGAAUAUUUGGAGCUGCAACACCUUAAGUAAUAGAAGUAAGGUCUGGCCUCUUGAUGACCUCCGGAAUACUGCUCAGUGCCUGAGGCUUAACUACAAGCAAGGACAUGUUGUUGUUCCUCUUUUGCACUUUCACUGAAGCUGUCAGUGGUCGGUGGACUUAUAUUAACCCAAACUGCCAUAGUCAGUCAUCUGACUGCCAUAUUGCUAUGCCUCCAAUGGCCACAAUGUCUGUUCUAUAUGAGGCCGACAGUUGGGCUAGUUGGAAUUCAAAGAAAAAGACAUUUUCAAAGAAAAGUUAUCCUUUUGUCCCUGCACCUCUUUUCAUUUUUCUUAUGUGCUGGAACAUGUCCUUGUUUGUUCUAUUGUCAUUGUCGCGAAUCACCUAUUCAAGCCAUGUUCAAGCUUUCUGCAUCAAGCAUCUUGUCACUAAUACAGUCAUUAGCACUAUUGUCCAGAGUGCUUGAAUGGCAUCCUUUGACCUGCACAGGUGGCAUUUGGUGGUAACACUGGAUUCGAGGUAGCAUACAACUGUGUAUGGAUUGCUGCACUGAUGGUACUUCCCUAAUCUUUCUCCUCACAGGCCUUCGUGUCUUCCGCAGCUGCAAUUUCCUGAAGGCACUGCAUUGCCACUGAGCAAAAGUAGAGAUAACACAUGGCAAAACUUUCAUCGGCACACGCCAGGAUGUGUUAUCUUGACUUUUAUUCCAUGGCACCUUCAGACGCUACAGUUACCGAAGCCACAGUGGCCAGUAAAGUGAAAAAGAUAAAGCUAGCAGUGAUCAGUGCAGCAGUGCAAGACUCGGUCCAAUGACAGAGCUGCAAGCUCCCCAUUUGAGGACUGCACUUGCAUAGCACCACUUUUGCCUCAGAAGCCAGGAAGCAGCAGACGAUCAGAAAGUCCAUCAUAUCAGUGCAGCAGCGCGUUCUCAGAUGUAAGGUAUCUAGAGCCAGGUGUUAUCGAUAAAUGUCGCCCAAGCAGGCUUAAGCAUGCCGUUCAAGCACUUAAGCAUGCUGAUAACUGUACAACCCGGACAAAUUGCAUUUCAAGCCUUCAAGGUUCAGCCCCAGCUUUCAUUUUUGCUGCUGAUGUGUUUUCACCACAUCAGGCUCAUACUGCCAUGUCUCUUGAGAAGUCGCCACUCUCACUUGCGCACAUCACCACCUCCACGACUUGGGUUUUGAUUGACACAGCAGAGCAUCUGAGCCAUCCAGUUCUGCAACACAGAAUCCAGCUGAGCCUGCACCUAACUUGCUGAAACUGUACUUGUGCUUAGAUACCUCCAGUUUCUACGUGUUGAAGUGCACUUCACCUGUGACAAGCUGCAGCAUGGAACACUAAACGGCCCUUUUCAGGGCCACCCGAACUAUAUGACUGGUGGGGACGUGGCAGCUCCUACUCUGCUCUCCCUGACCCUCUAGAAAAUUAGCAUGUAGUUAUGUAUGUCUGUGUGCGAAUAGAAUAUCAUUUGGAAUCGUGGGAAGUGCUUCUGGAAAAAAUAUAUAUACAGAACAGUCUUUCUUUUCUAGAAUAAACAGAAGGAAAGAGCGAGAGAAUCAACAAACCAUUUCUUUAGUAAUCACAGUAAAUACUGCUAUCGAAUGAAAGGAAAUAAAAAAAAAACGUAACUAGGCAACGUGAAGUGAACACGAAACCAAAGGUUUCCGGAUUUGUGUGAUCAUGACAGUAACAGAGCAAAAUGACAAUGUAAUGCCAUUUGAGACUUCAUCUGCGCAAGUGUUGAGUGUCUCUUAAAUGCUGUUGCAGUCAGGUUAAGCUUUCUAGUGCUAGGCGCCCUGUUCUUGCAAUCUGAUACUCUCAAAACUCUGGGAUGAACUUCUGCAACCAGCAUGUUUUAAAUACAGCCGCCUUCUUUUAGAAAACAAACCACCAUAAAAUUCAGGAAGAUGCAAGCAAAGUAAGUGACAGAACAGAAGCUGGACUUACAAAUGUUAGUUUAUCUUCACAAUGCCCAGCAUAUAAUUUUUGAUAUGCCGAGUUUGGUACCUCAAAAUGCCAAUUUAAGUGUGGGAAAGUUUAUGUGAAAUUCACUCUAGUGUCUUUGACACACUGAACCUAAGGUUUCAUUGUGGGUAGCUCAGAUAACCAAUAAUAAUUAGUAAGUUGUAAAUAGGGUGUGUCUGCACUCACCUACACAAGAUUCAAACAUUAUUCUAAAUGUGUGCAUUCUUUCUCAGUGAGUAUAACUGAUGGAAUGCUUGCACAUCUAGAGUGGUGUUUCCUAAGUAUGUUUCCAAAAGCUCAAUUUCAAGAGUUAUGCAUGCUUUUCCUAUUUGAUACACACAAUUAAAACUGGAGGUACAGCCAUAUUCACAACAAAUAAAGAAUACAGGUAAGUGGUCACCUGUGUGCCCAUGGGCAGCAUAGAGUAAUGUUCACGCAUUCUAUCAUUGAUGUGCUUACCAAUCUGGAGGAUGUGAACCAUGCCACAUGUCGAAGGGUCCUGCAAAUUAUUUUUGUGGCAUGUGAACUCUGUGGCAUAUUUUGACAUCGAAUUGGUUACCAAAUGGCUACAGAAGCCAUCAAGCAUGCUGUGUGCAGAAAACAGCAGAUUCACAUUAUGCCCCUUCUCUACUUAUGCGAAAGUGCACAAACACGAGAUAAUUUGCUGUUUAGUCUCCGCUCUGUCAUGAUCACCUUGUUACGUAUAUAUUGCUGCCUAUCUCACUUCUUUUACAUUCACUGUGACACCACAGCAGUUGCACUACUGAUGCUCAUCAGCUUCCAGGCAACAAAUUUCUUACUGACCGCUUAAUUCAUUUGAGUGAAUGCAGCACUCUUUCCAAGCGUUAAUAACAACAUGCCAACACUACAAAAAUGAACUGCAACAAGGCACAGCAACUGAGUUUACUAAAGCCUGCCUAGAUUGUAACAUGUGCAGUCCCCAUCAAGCUUAGCCCAAGCAAUCGAGCAGGUGAGUGGUUUUCAGCACCUCGCCUAUCUAAUCCUCACACCUUAACUGCAGCAGUUCUAGCUGCUUCCACACAUGCAAAAAGAUAGCACCAACACAGUAUAUACAUCUGCAUCUAUGCAUGCAGCAUGCACAUCAUCAUUGGAGCAGCCUUUUGGUGUGCUGCUAGCAUAAUGGAAGCAAGACUUUAUUCUACACUCAAUUUUACGUUAUCUUCAGCUGUGCCGUGGAAGCCGAGACACUGCACCAUUACUGUAUCCGUGAUUCCUUGUGACGUGUUCUUAUAUUUGUCAUGCACGUGUUGUUUUCGACAUGACGCCAAUUACGAAUAAAGCUUAUUAGUUUAACCACUGCCUCCCACCACAUCAAAGGUACACUAAAAAGCAAAAAUAAA